GAGGAGAAGUCGGCCGAGCAACGGCGUCAGGUGACGCGCAUUGCUCCACACAGCAAGUUAAACGCGCCUAUAUAUGAAUUGCUUUUACAAAUGACGGUGUAUCAAGAAGAAGAACGAGUUUUCUAUUGUUGUUGUUGUUGUUGUUGCUGUUGCUGCAGCAGCUAUUACUAUUGUCACUGGCUGGAUCAUCGGUCGUCUGAUUAGCUGAAAUCGUAAAACCCUCUGCGAGAUGCAUCGUAGGGUGGGAUACAGCAACUACGAUGGCAAGAUCGCGGGCCUUUACGACCUGGAAGAGACUCUUGGUCGUGGACACUUUGCUGUGGUAAAGCUUGCUCGACACGUAUUUACUGGUGAGAAGGUUGCAGUGAAGGUCAUAGACAAGAGCAAACUCGACGAAGUAUCUAGGGCGCAUCUUUUCCAAGAGGUACGAUGUAUGAAAUUGGUGCAACACCCGAACGUAGUGAGAUUGUACGAGGUGAUAGAUACCCAAACAAAGUUGUACCUGAUCCUGGAGUUAGGCGAUGGCGGUGACCUUUACGACUACAUCAUGCGCCACGAUAGUGGACUAAGCGAAGAGGUAGCAAGGACGUAUUUUCGACAGAUAGUUCGUGCAAUAUCCUAUUGUCAUCGGUUACACGUUGUACACAGGGAUCUCAAACCGGAGAAUGUUGUCUUCUUUGAAAAACUCGGUACCGUCAAACUGACUGACUUCGGUUUUAGCAAUAAAUUUUGUCCUGGACAAAAGCUCGAAACUUCAUGCGGUUCUUUAGCAUAUUCGGCACCGGAGAUACUUCUUGGUGACAGUUACGAUGCACCUGCAGUUGAUGUCUGGUCGCUCGGUGUGAUUUUGUACAUGUUGGUAUGCGGUCAAGCACCUUUUCAAGAGGCAAAUGACAGCGAGACAUUGACAAUGAUCAUGGAUUGCAAGUAUUCCAUUCCGGCCCACGUAUCGGAUGAUUGUAAACGUUUGAUCGCCAGGAUGCUCGUUAGAGAACCCGAAGGAAGAGCAUCGCUCGAAGAAAUAGCAGCUGAUCCUUGGCUUGCUAUCGGAUCUGACAAGGAUUCCGUCGAAGUUUUACCUUUGGUGUCUCGUCAACAAGUAUCCGACGAUCAUCAUAAUCUUAUUAUUACUAAAAUGGUUAACGGUAAUAUCGCCACCAAGGAAGAUAUAUUAGAAGCGUUAGACAAGAACGAGUAUAAUCACAUAACGGCGACGUAUUUCCUGCUGGCCGAGAGAAAAUUACGAGCUCAUAGACAGGAACAGGUGCAAAAAGCACGUCCCGAGAUACUCGAUGUUUCUCCUAGCAGGCAAGAGGAAGCAACGGUGAAUCUUCACGUUAAUCAAAAUUUACUUGGUACCGUGAAUCAAUCCUUGCUGAGUGUUCCACGUACGCCCGGUGACGUACCACAGAAUGUGCGUACGAGAAAGUGCAGCAUCGUACAAGAAGAAGAAGACGAAGACGACGUUUCCUCGUGUUCCGGUAGAGAAGAACGCGGUAGCAAUUCGGCCUUGAACUCGUUCAAUCGUCGUGGCUCACGUUCGGAAGGAAAGCUCUCACAUAUUUUGCAAGAAAGGCUGGGACAACUACCGGAUAAACAUACUGGACACAAAGUGGCUGCGGUCACACCAAGGCUGGUUGCCCAACAACAAGAUUGUCCUAACGUAGCCGUUGUGACAACUGCUGAUCAUCAUCGGGAAGGAAAGUGUUUAAAGCCGUUUACGAAAGAUCCCAAACUUGUCGAUUUAACUUUAAAUCGUCAUUCUAACGUAAUAGGUUCUGCCGUUCAACCGGAUAACGCGAUAUCCGAUAAUAAAAUAUCUUCUUCGACUACUAAAGUAUCCUCGAUCUUCGAUGAAAGUUUAAAAAGUAAAUUUAGUACUACGCUCGUUCAAUCGUCGGGUUGGUCGAAAAAACCAGGCAGCGUGGAGAGUAGACCGAAAUCUGUUACGGAAUGUCCAAGAUCGGCGUUAGGUCCUGUUCCAGCAAAUAAAUGGAGAAUGGGUGCUCAACAUAGAUCAGCGGGACUUACAUUAGAAACAUCUCCAAUAUCAUCACAAACUGUCUCUUCUUCUAGACCAUCUGAUUUAAUUUCUACAACAACGACAAUUAUUCUAACGGAAUCAUCGACAGUUUCGAUUCCCCUUCGUUCAAGCACGCACGAAGAUCAUCAAUCCACGAUACCAAAAUAUAAGACUAUGCCAUCACCAGGUAGUACUGGUUCCAUAUCACCUCCUCAAUUAACCUUGAACGAAAUAUUAGAAGAUGGUGUCGCGAUACAAGGUUCGGUUGGUUCGAACGAAGGUACCAACAAUAACGCUUCUUCCGCUGCCAAGUGUCGUGUGGUCAGACGUACGGGAUACGAACAGAGAAGAAGCAAAUUUCAUAAAACAAGAACUGCAUCGUGUUCAAGCUCGGACGCUAGCGACGACGACAGUGAAAGUAGGAAAAAGAGAGCUCAUAAGCUUGGUGCAACGACAGAAAAACCAUUACCACCUAGACGAGAUAGUCACGACGAUUCUAGCGAUUCUCAAGAUCCUGGAGGUAGUGGUGGUGGUGGGGGUGGUAGUGGUCUUGGAAAUGGUGAACAUACUAGCGAAGCCCCAUCGAAUACGGCUGAUACUAGUCGUAACGAUGGUGGCGGUAACACUACUAACACAACGACAAGCAAUACUACGACAGCCGGUGGAAGGCACAGAUCAACGGAUAAUCAAGUGGCCUUUGGUAGAAGACAUCGAGCAGGCAGAAGAAGAGCUGGGGAGACGCGUUUGAGAGAAAGCCAAUCGUUAAAUCGAAUAACCGAGGUGCAAGAAGCCGAGGGUCCAUCAUCAGCCUGUCACAAUCAUCAUUCUCACGUAUCCCGUAAUUCGACAAUUUUAAAUGUCCAAAACGUUUCAACCUCUACUUCCUCGAUAUCCCAAAGUAGCACCGAUUCUCAUUGUAUUCAUCAUCAAUCAAUUUCACACGCAACCACUACGACCGUACAAAAGGCUAAAGGUUUUGGUGCUAGACUUUUGCAAGGUUGGUCAAUUGGCAAAUCUACUUUGUCGCAAGCUGUUAAUAGACAACAAACGGAUAACAAUACGACUCCAAGAGAAAUCAACAAAAUGGAUCAACACGCAACGAGAUGUCAGCAGCAAACUACUAUCGGAAAUUGUAACAACGAGGAGAAAAGAAAGGAUCUGAAUAACGGUGGUGGUUGUUUGAUAGGUCAACAAACAACAGUUACGAACGAAAAAGAAAAUCGCGGAGCGUCGGUUAAUAGAAACGAAUGUAAAAGUAGAAAAAUUCGUUUGUUAAGUCGUUAUUUUGCGGUUCACAAGAAACUUUGCGUACCGUUACCGGGUCUAUUUGGUAAGGGUCGAUUGUACAAGGCACGUUCUUGCGGUAACAUUGCACGCGAUCGUGUUAGUCCGCCAUCACCAAAGUCGGUGCUACUUUGUGCCGCAUCGGACGACAAAUGGCGGGAACGUCAUCAGUGGUGCGACACGAAACAUCAGCAUCGUGGCAGCGACGGUGACAUCAAUCAAAAUCUUGGCCUUGCUCAUCUCGUACAGGAAAGAGUAGUUGGUGUUGGUAAAGGGUGUACCGGUAUGCCGGCCGUUUGUCAUAUUCAUUUGGGUGACGCCUCCAAAUGUUGCAGCCUCUGUUGAUGAACACUCGAUCCGAAAAUGAAUAGAAAUUCCCAGUGUGGUUUUUUUUUUUUUUUUAAUUCUUCCUGAUCCCCUAGGAUUUAUGGAUAAUCUCUGGAGGAAAACCUUUUUGUUUGUACGCAUCCAAAUACAUAUAUACACCACACAUACACGUACAACAAACAUAGGAUACUAACAUACAUAUACAUAUUUAAAUAUGAACUGGGAUUUUUUCUAUGUGGAGAUAAACCACACACCCUCCGUUCGCGUCGUUGCUGAUAAAAAUAAUCAUCGUUGGUUCCAACAUUUUUAUAAAACAUAACACAAUUUUCAUUCUUCGUACUUUCUAGAGAAACGUAUGUAUACACAUACCUAAACGUAUUUCGUUAUUCGACAAAAUUUGUCUAGAAAGUACGAAGAAUGAAAAUUGCAUUAUGUUUUAUAAGAAUGUUGGAACCAACGAUGAUUAUUUUGAUCAAAAACGACGCAUACAUAUGUAAGCAUGUAUAUCUAUAUUUUUCCUCUUUCCCCCACCCCCUUCGUGGAGUCGAACCACGUAAAAUAAUGGCGGUGACGUUUUAAUACGCCAAAUAUCUAUUAAUCAGAUCGUUCCUGAAUUCCUACCUUGAUACGCCAAGUAAUAUAGCUUGAACGUUGCUGUUAAGCGUCAAAUAAAAAGAAUGAUAAGAGAAUAAGAACAAAGAUUAAAAAAAAAAAAAAGAUUAA